CCACUUUAAAAGCUCUUUAAUUUCUCCCAUUACAAACCAAAUCCAUUAGAAAAAAAAAAAAACACAAAACACCUCCAAAAACAAAACAAUGGCGGUGAAGAAGAGAUCAUCUUGGAGAUCAUUAAUGGUUUUGUGUUUCCAAGAUCCAGACAACAUAUAUUCUCCCAAGAAGACAAAGAAAGAUGAUGGUCAAGGUGUUGUAACCAAACAGAAAUCGUUUCUCGGAUUGUCGAUUCUAGACAUAAGUAAUCCAAGUUCCACUACCUUGUCGGAAGAUCUCUCAAUCUCUCUCGCCGGCUCGGAUCUCCAUGUAUUCACACAAGCAGAGCUCAAAGUCAUAACACAAAGUUUCUCUUCUAGCAACUUUCUUGGUGAAGGAGGGUUUGGUCCGGUUCACAAAGGGUUUAUUGACGACAAGCUCCGUCCUGGUCUUAAUGCUCAGCCUGUUGCUGUUAAACUUCUUGAUCUUGAUGGUCUUCAAGGUCACCGUGAGUGGAUGACGGAGGUUAUGUGUUUGGGAAAACUAAAGCACCCGAAUCUAGUGAAGCUGAUCGGAUAUUGCUGCGAGGAAGAACAUAGACUUCUUGUUUAUGAGUUCAUGCCUCGUGGAAGUUUAGAAUCUCAACUCUUCAGAAGGUGUUCCUUACCGCUGCCAUGGACAACUAGGUUGAAGAUCGCGUACGAAGCUGCAAAGGGUCUACAGUUUCUCCAUGAAGCUGAGAAGCCCGUCAUCUAUCGCGAUUUCAAGGCCUCCAAUAUCUUGUUAGAUUCUGACUAUACAGCGAAACUCUCGGACUUCGGGCUAGCAAAAGACGGACCACAAGGCGAUGCAACACAUGUGUCAACACGAGUGAUGGGCACACAAGGGUACGCAGCGCCAGAGUACAUAAUGACAGGUCGGAAAUCGGUGGACAUAGCGAGAUCGUCAAGGAAAGAAACCCUCGUUGAGUGGGCUCGUCCAAUGCUCAACGACGCACGUAAACUCGGGAGAAUAAUGGACCCGAGGCUUGAAGAUCAGUACUCAGAGACCGGAGCACGAAAGGCAGCAAAUCUAGCUUAUCAAUGCCUAAGGUACCGACCAAAGACCAGGCCAGACAUCAGUACUGUUGUCUCUAUUCUUCAAGACAUCAAAGAUUACAAAGAUGAUAUUCCCAUUGGGGUAUUCACUUACACGGUUCCUACUAAACCAAGCCGUGAAGUUAAAGUGACAAGUCUUCAAAACUUUGACAAGCCUCGCAACGUUUCUAAGACUGAUAACCAUCAAAAGUUCCGGUCGCCCGCGCACACGGCAAGAAACCACCGGGUAACUUUGAGAAACGGAUUCAACUCGCCAAUGCGUAACGAAGCCGGAGGGGAACGGUACUGAGUUUCUCUUCUGUCCUCCAUUCGUAAUUUUUUUUUUACAUAAGAUGUAAAUAAUGAUACAUUCUUACC